GGCAAAAAAAUUGCAGGCCGCGAAACCCUUGCACGACUUGCCCAGGGAGUCCCCUUGUGUCAGGAGCAGCUGCACAAGCACAGGACCAGAAGUUGCCAUUUUUUGCCAUUCGUUUGCUGCAAGCUUCAAUACUUCCAGCCGGCAGAGCUAAAAUGGCCGCCACACGCCGCUGGAGGGCCGAAGCUGAGCGUACCCGGCUCCGGGAGGACCCCAAAGGUCUCAAAACGGGGGCCGGCGAGGCAGGAACCCUCGAAAGCCCCUUGGCAAGCCGUUCGGCAGACGCCGGGGGAUCCGUGGUACGCCAAGAGAGCCAGCCGAGAGCAGGGAGCAGCGGUCACUAUCAAUGGGAGACCGAGUUCCAAGAGUUUCUGGAAGGUUCCGUCUGGGAGGAGCAGACCCCGGAGGAGCUGGCCCUGCGGGCCGACACCCGGGCCUUCCUGGCCUCCUUUGAGCAGGUGGCCGUGGCCUGCCACUGGCCCAGGAGGGAGUGGGUGACCCGGCUGCUGCCGGCCCUGGGCGAGGAAGCGGAGAAGGCCUUCAUCAGUCUGGACCCCCAGGACCGCGGAGACUUCCAGAAGGUCAAGGCGGCCAUCUUGAGGCGCGAGGCCCUGGCGCGCGAGAAGAAGCACCAGGAGUUCCGCCGCUUCUGCUACCAGGAGGCCAAUGGGCCCCGGGAAGUCCUUGCACGGCUCCAGGAGCUGUGCCAACAGUGGCUGAACACAGAGAGGAGCAGCAAGGAGCAGAUCUUGGAGGCUUUGCUCCUGGAGCAGUUCCUCAACGUCCUGCCAAAGGAAAUGUACCACUGGGUCAAGGAACGUGUGCCGGAGAGCUGCUUGCAGGCCGUGGCUCUGGCGGAAGAUUUCCUGAGGAGGUUGCAAGCAGCCGAAAGGGGGGAAGAACCGGAGCAGGAAGAGGCUGCAGACCUUCGCAAGAAGCAGGAAGUUCCGCUGGAAACAGUGCCGCUGCAAACUUGGGCUCCGAGGGAGGUCCAAGGGGAGCCCAGUUCAUCAUCACGCAAGACUUACACAGGUUACGGGCAGGCCGCCGUGGCAAGGAAGAAGAAGACCUUCCAGUGGGGCCGCUACGGGGAAGUGAAGCUGCGAGCCCGGUUUCCCGGAAGAGCAAACGCAGUCCUGCCGUCCCGCUGGAAGCAGGCCGGAGGCACCCAGGAGCAUCGCCGCUCGGAUAGGCUGAAGCGAGCCCAGGUGCCGAACCUGGCCGAGGCACCUCCCUCGCCGCCGCCACCUCCUCCUCCUCCAUCUCCUCCACCUCGGGAUGUCAAGCCCAAGCUCAAGAAGCCCUCCCCCCCUCCAGACGCCACCCCCAAGAGCCAGAUCAAGAUGUGCCCCGAAUGCGGCCGGGGCUUCAACGGCUUGGCGACCUUCAACCGCCACCGUAUGCUCCACACCGGGGAGAAGCGCUACGAGUGCUGCUUCUGCAGCAAGGGCUUCUGCUGGCGCUCGGAUCUGGUCCGGCACGAGUGCCAGCACACCGGGAAGAAGCCCCACGAGUGCCCCUUCUGCGGGGAGGGCUUUGACCGCAAGUGGCAGCGAGAGAAGCACGAGCUGAUCCACACCAAGAGCAAAGCGAAGCUGUGAGCGGCCUGCGACUGGGCGGGAGGGAAUUAGCGGGAUUUUAGGAAUAAGGGUGGGAGCGGAUAUCGUUGCUGGGUUAAAGCUCUCUGGGGCAGAACCGGAGAAGGGGGCUUCUCGUUGCCAACCCUGGCGCCCUCUAGAUGUUCUGGAUCACAAUUCCUGGUGGGAUUUGUGGUCCAGAACAUCCCAGCUUCCAAAGUCUGCCUCAGACAGGACCUGCAGUCUCAUUCCAGCUCCUUCCUCUUUUUGCCAACAAUUUUGUGCCGUUUUUCUGGCCACCUGAGUGCAUCUCCUGGUUUCAGCAGCCUAUGUGGAGGAGGCAGCCAUGCCCAAAUGGAUCAGGGUCAUGUGGGGCCAACCACCCCCCAAAAAUCCAGCCAGCAUCCAGCCAAAGUGAUUUCUUUUCGAAAUUCCUCUUAAAGCAUGUGUUUCUUCUACAUGUAAACAUCCUGCAUCGCUUGGCAGGAUGUCCCGCCCCUCUUGUUAUUUCUUCCUCAUGGUGAAGCUAUCCCA